CGUAGAACAGUCGGAACCGAGUUGUACGUGAACACGCACGGUCUGUCGCGUAGUGUGUUUCAUCAAACUUCGUCAUUCGUGACAAACUAGUUCUAACAUUUAUUGUUUGACAGUUCUCGUGUUUGUGACCGCAAAGUUUUUGGGAUUUAUUCGUGUUUAUGUUUUAUUUCACUAUACUUAUUCUGUGACAUUCGUGGAUACUUUUAUUUGGAUAUUGCGUGGCACCAGAUCUAAAAACCCUUCAGAGAGUUGACAUCAAGCAAGAGUUACUAUCUGAUAUCUUCAAGAACACUGAACACCAUAAUAGUAAACAUGCUAAUGUAUUUGUAACAGAGCCACUCAAUCACUAUAUAGCGGUGGUUCAAUACAAUGGACAAAGUAUCAAACCAAUGACAGACCAGUAUUGAGGCAUGGAUGGCCCGUAGAAUGCGCGUCUGUGUGGCGCUUACAACCUUCAUGAUAUUAUCGUCUGUUGGCACUUUUAUACCUGGAACAGAUGGACCGGUAUCAUUGCAAACCGCGUUAGAAGGCGGGAAUGCCGAACUACCUUGUGACACCAUACCAGAAUCUGUCCACGAUGAGCUGAUGCUGCUUGUGUGGUACAAGGAUGACGUACCUAUAUACAGCUUCGAUGCUCGCAUAAACAUAGAAUGGUCAAGUGCAGUAUUCAACAUCAGCGGCAGAUUGUCAGCAGAUAUAGAAAAACAACCAUCAAAAUUGCUGAUAUCAUCGUUAACAGGAGACGACCAGGCGCUGUACCAUUGUAGAGUGGACUUCUUGUUGGCACCAACAAGAAAUAUUGGUGUCAACUUAACUGUUAUAGUUCUACCGAGUCAGCCAUUUUUCUUAGAUGAAGUUGGAAACAAAGUGGAAAACAAAAUCGGACCAUAUCAUGAAGGAGACACCCUGGUGCUGAGCUGUCUCGUGAUUGGAGGUAGACCUCCACCUCGUAUAAGCUGGUACUCCGGUGAGGAUUUAGUAGAUGCUUCUGACGGGACCAGCGACAUUCCCGGAGUGAGGGAGAACGAAUUAUAUCUACCUCUCACUCGGGAUAAUGCACAGUCACUCUCGUGCAGAGCUAGUAAUAAUCAACUGACCCCGCCUGUGAUAACUACGUUACAAAUAGAAUUAUAUUUACCCGCCUUCAACGUAUCUAUAUACUGGGUGCAUGGCACCCUGGGAGAUGCUCUGCAAGCUGGAAAACCUGCAGUAGCGAAAUGUAUAGCACAUGGAUCUCACCCACAACCUGACGUCCUAUGGUGGUUGGAUCACAAACAUUUGACACAACAUAGCAAUCAGAGCCUUGACAAAACGACCCGCACAGCGAUAUCGUUCUUAGAACUAACGCCAUCUGUUAGCGACAACGGUGCAACACUGGCGUGUAUCGCAACCAACUCGGCAAUGACUCCUGGGAGAGAUUCCAAAGCAGAUGUAGUAGUUUUAAAUGUUACUUAUAGUCCAAUUAUUGAAAUAACAAGGGUCGGGGAUGGAAGACCGGGCGAGGUUGUUGAGCUGGACAGCUUGAAGCUAGAAUGUGAGACUAAAGCUAACCCACCAGUUGUAAACUAUACUUGGUAUUUCAAUAACAUAGAGAUAAUGUCUAAUAGUAUUUGGGGGAGUUCCACGAAUUCACCUACUUUGUACAUAGAAGAGGCUACCAGGAAACAUGCAGGGAAAUACUCCUGCGCAGCUAUCAAUGCGGUUGGCGAAACCAGAACAGAAUUUAUCAAUAUUAUUGUUAACUAUCCCCCCGAAUGCUCGCAAUCUGGAAUAGUUCUAGUAAAAGAAACAUUAAAAUGCAAUAUAAAUGCUCUACCAGCACCAGAUACAUACUUCUGGCACAUCCAGUCAUCAGGUGAAGAUGUACAGCACCUCACAACUGGAUCACCGCUACUGCCUCUCACACAAAUAUCCGGUGGCCUUCUAGAUGUUUUAGAUGCUAGUUGUGAAGCGGGCAAUGGAAUUGCUUCUCAAGACAAACCCUGCAGGAAAUUAUUUAGCUUGGAACAGCUCAGGCCUCCUCAACCACAGCAGUGCGAUUUAGCUUACGAGUAUGAGGAAUUCCAAAUGAGAUGUGUUCCAGUGGAAAACGCAACACACUACGAAGUAUCUGUAUGGCGAAUGUCGACAUCAAACUCCUCUCUAGUAUUAGAAAGAAGAAGGUCAAUGGGGUUUGGUGUAACCCAAGCCCUGGCUCAAGGUGGCGGGAUACCCUGGCUUGUGAGGGGCCCUCUUGGAACCUUGAAGAUAGGAGAUGAAGCUGGUGCAUCCGCUUGCAAUAGAUAUGGAUGUUCGAGAGCUCUUCUGCUGAGGCCGACGGAGAAUCUCUUACAUGCUGCUGCAGGGCCCUGGUGGAAAUUUUUAUUGGAAAAAGAUGUGGGCAUCUCGGUUGGAGCUACUGUCCUCGUGGUAGCUUUCUUGGCAUCAACAGCAUUCCUCGUUCGACUCAUCCGAAGAUCUAGAAGUAAACCUCCAGUACCUGUGAUCCAGGUCCUUCAACUUGACGAUGUAGCAAGGGACUACUUGGACACAAUCGGAGAGCAUAAGGUCCGGGCUUCUUGCAGCUUGAGAUCUUGCAGCAGCGGUUACUCAGACGGAUCUACAGAAACGGCACCCACUGUUGAUCGAAGAAGGAAGCCUCGCACCCUUUGGGGAUGGGACCAGCCACCGCCUGACGUCACACUAACUUUACACAGAGAAAGUGCUGUUUGAUACUAGUGAUCUCCGUCAUUAUCUGACGAGCCAGGGUCUCAGCAAUAAAUGACCACCCUCUCACAAUACCAAAGUGCGUUUGUAACAGCAUCAGGAUUGAGGUGUAGAAAACCCUAUUAUUAAAUUAUAUUGUGAUCAUGUCAUCGAAAAGACAAACUUACAAAAUUUCGACGAAUUAUGAAAUGCCUAUGUAAACAAAUAAAAUUUUGUUUGAAAACAAAAUUUAUGAAUGAUGCGGAACUCGACCCUCCUUCCUUCUUCUAAACCAACCGUUCGAGUGACGUAUCGUUGAUAAAUCUUGUGUAUUAUUCAACUCUCAUGUUGUGGCUUCAUCUACAGGAUCUACUUUACAGUUGAUAACCUGCUCAACCCCAAUAUUUGCAUAUUAGGAAAUUGACUUGAGAUGUCGCUCUUCCCUGUUGUGCUUGUUCCUAUAUAAAGUUUUAUAGGAAUUGGUUCAGCAGAGCUACUCAAAAACUCUGUUCAAAUAUUUAAAACGAGCAAGAUAUGAGUGAAGCUUGAAAAAAUUCAAGACAGUUGUGAUUUUAAUUAGGGCCUAGUCUCUAACCAUUUACUUAAUUGCUUAAGUUUUAUGUACUGUCGUAAAUAUCUCUGAAAGAUUGUAAAUACUCUGUCUAAGUCUAGUAAGUUAUUAAUUUUUGUGUAACUUUAAGUAUAUUAUUGUAUUUGCGGAAGUUAUUUUAUCUUGACAUAAAUAACAUUACUUCUAUAAUACAACAUCUUAUAUUACAUAUGAAAGAUAUCUUUUAUUUUAAAUUCAGACGAAUAUAAUUAUUGAUUAUAUUUAACAAUGCAUAAGAAAAAAAAUGUAAAUAAUAUUAUGUUCAAAAGUUAAUUAUAGAAAUUAUAUGAGAAAUGAAAAGUUCAU